AUCGAAACUGUCUCUUGUUCUAUAAAAAACGAAUUUAUUCCCUGACAUAACUUUUAAAGUUAUAUAUAAUAUUGUGAAUAUAUUUUUAUAAUUAUUCGGUAAAGUCAAAACAUUAAACAAUGGCGUCAGUUCCAGCUAUUCCAGCUAGCAAACGUACUGCACGCAACAAUCUCCCAGGUCGUCUCAACAUCCCUACCAAUUCCCUUACCCCCAGUUCUUCAGCUCCGUCUUCUCUUUCUCCACUUAUUGUCCCUAUAUCAAAUUCAAAUGGAUCUAGCACGACUCAUCAACAACAGACUAAUGAACUUAUCUCUGUGAUGGGAAGGAUAACUCCACAACCACUAGAAGACGACAGUAAAGAUUUUUUUCAUGACGAAUCUGUUAAAGUUACUGCUCCAGAUGGUGAAGAAAUAAACCCUGCUAAUUUUAGAGAAUUGUCUAGGUUGGGUGAAGGUGCUGGUGGGACAGUUUCCAAAGUAGAAAAUAUAUCAACCGGCCACAUAAUGGCAAAAAAGAAAAUCAAUGUUGUCCUAGACCCAAAAAUAUAUAAGCAAAUUCUUCGUGAACUUCAAUUUCUUCGUACAUGUCAUUCACCAAAUAUUGUGUCAUAUUAUGGUGCUAUUUUGGAAGAUAGUGAUUCAUCAAUUGCAAUUUUCAUGGAAUAUUGUGAGGGUGGUAGUUUAGAUGCCAUUUAUAAAAAUGUGAGCAAAAGACAAGGAAGAAUCGGUGAAAAAGUCCUUGGCAAAAUUGCCGAAUCAGUUCUUAAAGGAUUGGUAUACCUCUAUAGUCAACAAAUCAUUCAUAGAGAUAUAAAACCGUCAAAUAUCUUGGUAACUAAAAAAGGAGAGAUAAAAAUUUGCGAUUUUGGAGUAUCGGGUGAAUUAGUUUCUUCAGUAGCAGAUACAUUUCUAGGAACUAGUUAUUAUAUGGCCCCAGAACGAAUUCUAGGUUUACCAUAUAAGGUAUCUGCUGAUGUAUGGUCUUUAGGAUUAACGAUAAUGGAAGUUGCACAGAAUCGAUUUCCAUUUCCUUCCUUUUUGUCUCCGAUUGAAUUAGUUACAUAUAUUGCAAACUUACCCGCUCCUACACUUUCUGACGAAUAUCAAUGGAGCGAAGAACUUAAAGAUUUCUUAAAGAUUUGUUUGGAAAAAGAUGGAGAAAAACGACCUACACCUAAGCAAAUGCUUGAUCAUCCAUUUAUUCAAUUAUCAUCACAAAGACAAGUAAAAUUGGAGUUAUGGAUUAAACAAGUUUGGGAAUGGAAGGUUUAAAUUAAAAUAUGUAAUUAAUGAGUAAAUUCUUCUUUUUUUUAUAUAUAUAUAAAAUAUUUUUCAUUGUAAUUUACAAGUUGUAUACACACAUAUUAUACAAAAAUCAAAUAACAUUACUUUUAACAAACAUUACUUUUUAACAUUUUACUUACAACUGCUACUUGUAUCAAUUAUAUUUUGGACCAUUUG